AUGGACGCGCGACCGCCAGUGAGCGGGCAGCAAGGGGGGCCGUCAGUCAAGAAUGCCGGAAAGAGACGCACAGCAGACCGAGCCGCCCGCGGAGGCGAGCAGCAGAGGAGAGCAGAUCCCCCCUCAGACAAGACACAAUACCUCCGGACAGCAAGCCCCAAACACCCACACCACUUUUCCUCGACGGUGCCGGACCAACGAGAAGGACCAUCCAAAACGAGCAACACCUGCAUCCCUGUAAUUCCUCUCCACCUGCACCACAAGACUGCAGCAAGCAGGAAGAGAAUGGGAAAUGCCAGAGCAGAGCCCAGGAGGACCGUGGACAGACGAGCAGCAGGGAAACAGCAGGCCAGGCAAAGAAGCCACGAGGACCAGGUAAGGAUGACCGGAAAUAUCGACAUGCGAGUCGCUAAAAAAUUUACGGGAUGGAGGAAGGUGAUUAGGGGGGUUUAA